AUGGACGUCCCCGGCAUCGCGUUGAUCACAGGUGCCGCAUCGGGUAUUGGGCGAGCAUGCGCUCUUGCAUUCGCCAGCGAAGGAGCUUCGGGUCUUGCUCUCCUCGAUUUGAAUCAAGAAGCUCUGGAUGCCAUUAAAUCCGAGAUCGAAGCAAGCCAAAAGCAAAAGGGCUUGGCCACUCCCACACGUAUCGAACUCUUCCCUUCCAACAUCGCCGAUGAAUCUCGAGUCAACGAAGUUGUCGAAACAGUCGCGAAAACUUUCGGUCGACUUGACUAUGUCGUCAAUGCUGCUGGCAUUGCCAUGAAGCACCCCGGCGGAGCUGCUUUCUGUGAAACCAGUGACUGGGAGCGGAUUUUGAACAUCAAUCUUACAGGGACGUUCUUCGUCCUCCGCGCUGCAGCCAGGAUUAUGCUCGAGCAAGAGCCUAUAAAGUCUAGUAUUGAUGGGAGACCCUUGCAACGCGGCUCUAUUAUCAACUUUUCUUCAAUUCAAGGAGUCGUUGGCAUUCCCCUUUCCACGGCCUACACUGCGAGUAAACACGCGGUCAUUGGUCUGACGAAGACUGCUUCGGAUGAUUAUGCAAGCAAGGGAUUGCGCAUCAAUGCUAUUUGUCCCGGAUACACGGAGACACCACUCACCACCAAAUCCCCGCAGAUUCUGCAGGCUAUGAUGGAGCGAAUUGGCACCGCGGUGCCCAUGGAGAGGAUGGGGAGACCAGAGGAAAUUGCGGAUGGAGUACUAUAUCUCGCAGGCGGACGCAGCUCUUUUGUUACAGGGUCUUCAUUGAUGGUGGACGGUGGCUAUACUGCGCGUUAG